AUGGUCCAAAUCACGUCACUUCUUACCCUCGGUCUCGGUCUCGUCGGGACAACACUGGCUACGUCCUCGAACACGGGUCUGUUGCAGAUGUUGACUUACGUCAAGCGUCAUCCCAACAUGACCCGUGCUGAGUUCUGGGAGUACUGGGAUACCCAACAUGCACCAAAGGUUAUUCCUCUUGCAACACACUUUGGGAUAUCCCGAUACCAGCAGAUCCGAGUUGGUGGGAAGAUUGUUCCCACUGACGCCGGCGCCUCGGCACCUGCUUCAAACAACCUUGUCGACUUUGAUGGGGUCGCCAUGUUUCUCUACGAGUCAGCUGAUGAUCUGACUGCCAUGUUGUCGCACCCUUACUACAUCGAAGUUGUUGAACCUGACGAGCAUGUCUUCAUUGAUAAGUCUGCUUAUGGCAAUGGCAUGGUCGCUACUUACAUCGGCGAGCACAUUGAGGUGGUGGAUGAUGAGCGCAGUGCUUGGGUGGGCGAUAAGAAAACUCGCAACAAGUAUCAGAAGCUUUUCAAGUCAUACCGAUAA